AUGACGGCAGUUUUAUACUUCUGUCGAUAUGCAACCAGGUGCCCGGUGCCCGGUUCCCGCUUUCGUGUUCCGUGUCUUUCCCUGGCGAGACCCAGCACAGCGUCCAACCAGCACGGCAGCGUGGUAUGCCUUGCCAGAAAAGCAAGAGGCCGUGUACCAAAGGAUGAGGCUCGUCCAGCGAAGACGACACGGCUGAGCCGCUCCAUCGAGCAAGACUUGGCGCCUGCGUCCAGCCUUGUCCCCUCUGGCUGCUUGUCCAUCCUCCAAGCCGACGUACGGCCUGCAUGGUGCCCGGUCGGUGCGCCUCGGCCGUCGACGUAA